GCGGCGACGCUUGUUAAGGAGGCUGUCGUGCCAUCGCCGCCCUUUCCGCGUGUGCCCGAUCCCAAUCUUGAUGGAGUCGGGCCAUCAUCAUCAGCAGCAGCCGGAGGAGGAAGCCGAAUGGGAUUACCGGAUCCCAUAUCCAGACCCCCCGUCCUCGCGGGACCUUUCUGUUCCCGCCAGCCACCCCGGGGUGCCCCGGUCAUUGACAUUAGUAGUUCAUCCGAGCCGGACGUUCCAUCCGACAGAGGUGGACUUCAUGGUGGAGCCCGCCACCAUCAGGCUCGAGGCCAUCGCGGGGGCGCAGCACCCUGAUCCGGCGUGGGAGCCAUAUCUGACACCCCCUUUUCAAGGGUGUAUUACGGCGCGAUUGGCUGGGACGCUCAUCUACGAGACCGCGCAGCGUCCCAAUGCGAUGUACCACUUCCUUGUCUUCGCGGCGCAGAAGCGGGAGCGGCGGCCUUACACCGAGACUCAUGUGGUGAUGACGGGUCUAGGGCCCCGAUCGGUGCGCAAGCGGGUGGUGCGAGCGGUGGCGGAUCUGGCGCCACGUGUUCCUACGCCGUCCACUGCUGAGUCCACCCAUACGUCUCGUGCCGACGCAGACGUUGAGGAACUCAUGCGGUUCACGGCUGACUUAGAGCCCGUCAUUCGCGACCUGCUUCGAGAGUACCGCGACGUCUUCCCCCCGUAUUUCUCAUACAGCGGGAUUCCCCCGAUGCGCAGUGUCAAGCAUUCCAUCCAGCUCGUGCCUGACUAUCGUGUUCACCAUCAGGCACCAUACCGACUCUCGAUUCCAGAGGGGACAGAACUCAAGCGUCAGCUUGAGAAGCUCCUUCGACUUGGUUUCAUUAAACCUAGUAACUCCCCUUGGGGUGCACUUGUCCUCUUUGCUCGCAAAGCGGACGGAACUCUCUGCCUCUGCAUCGACUACCGCGGCCUUAACCGUUACACGCUUAAGAACAACUAUCCCAUGCCCCGUGCGGAUGAGUUAAUUGCCCGUUUGGCAGGCAACCGCUUCUUCACGAAGAUCGAUCUUCGUAGUGGUUACCACCAAAUCCGCCUUGCCGCAGAGGACCAGCCGAAGACCGCCUUUCGGUCGCGCUUCGGCCACUACGAGUUCACGGUGAUGCCAUUCGGCCUCACCAAUGCACCCGCCACCUUCCAGACGGCGAUGAACGACAUCUUCAGGGACAUCCUUGAAGAAUACGUUCUCGUAUACCUGGACGACAUCCUGGUCUACAGUCGUACCUUAGAAGACCAUAUCAGACACCUCCUCGAUGUCCUACAACGCUUACGCAAGCAUGGCUUCUAUGCCAAGCUCACGCAAUAUCCCCGAUCGGAUUAUCUUCGAGAUGACAAGUUGACCCUACUACUCGUCGGAACCCCGACGUCAGACCGGAUUCUGAUUCCGGGAAAGGACUUGGCAUUGUUAUGUCGCAUCGGUAUUGUCGAUGCCAUCAUCAUUUCAUGUGUCAACGAGAAUGGCAGUUCCUCCGUUAAUGGUAGUUCCUCCGUUAAUGGUAGUUUCUCCGUUAAUGGCAGUUCCUCCGUUAAUGGUAGUUUCUCUGGCAAUGGUAGUUUCUCCGAGCUUGAAGAAAUCGUCAAGAUCCAUGGCGAUCGCGAUGGCGAAGGCGAUGGCGAUUGCGUCGGGAUCCCUGUUAUACGGAUUGCCGGCGCCUCGACUUCGCACUUCCUUCCUCGCACAGUCAUCAGAACUGCUGCCGUUGCCAUCACUGACGAUGAUGUACUGCCAGAGCCUAGCAGUUUAGAGUUUGCGUUGAAGGUGUGGAGAAGCAAUCGUGAUCGGAUAGUCGGGUUUUCUCCCAGGGCGCACCAGUACAACACAGAGACUAGGAGUUGGGAAUACCUCUAUUCAUCUAGUACUCGAUACUCCAUGAUUUCAAGCAGGUUCAUGCUGCUAGCGACUAAGUAUUUGUACGAUUACACCUGUCGAAACGCUCCUGGGGUACGGGAGCUCGUGUCGAGGGAGGCGGGGUGCGCUGGCAUUGCCAUGAACUUCCUCGUGGCCAACGAGAGUCAGUCGGCGCCUGUGCUUGUCGGGGGAGAUUCGAUAGAUCGGGAUCGCGGAGCGCGGGAAAGGCGGAUCGAAGAUGGCGGGGGUAAAGACAGGCAGACGUCGGGACAGGGGGAAGUCGGAGCGCGACGAGCGCGGCGAGAGAGGGAUCGCGGUGAGUGUCUGGAUGAGCUCGCUCGGCUUUGGGGUUACGUUCCGCUGCAAUACGGCUACUACGCGAGAGCGGUGCCGCAGGUCGGGAUUCUCGAGAACGAGACUGUCGGCGAUAAGAUCGGGACGCUGGUUAGCGGGGCCAAGACUGGGGGAAGAAACUCCAAACAGCAAACUCCACGCGUAGUGGGACAACAGCAUCAUCUGAUUGGUAGUAAGCGGCAGCGUUACGCCUACGUGGCAUUGCUAAACACUCCGAGUCUAGUGCCGCAAGCACUCGUGCUUGCGCAGUGCCUGCGAAGCACAGGCACUCCUCAUGAUCUCGUCCUUAUGCUCGUGGAGGGUUGGGAGAAGAGUGGUGGGAAGUGGAUGGAGGUUGGAGGGGAGGAGGCAGAGAGAGAGAGAGAGAGGUGGUAGUAGCAGAGAGAGCGACGGCGGCAGCAACAAGGACGAGAAGGAAAUGCGGGAGCUGCUGCAGGCGCAUUUCGAUGUCGGUCGAGAGGUCAAACUUGUCAGUCGUUCGAAUCAUGCCGGAUUCAGCAAGAUAAACGCUUGGGCGUUGA